AUGGCGGCAAAACAGCUAAUACAUGACUAUCAACUGCCUAAGAAUUUAGAAGAUUCGGUAGAAAGUAUAGCUAAAAAUCAAGGUUUUAGAAACUACGAGAAGUGUGUCAAAAAAUUGUCAACAGAUGGCGGUAGCUACAUGGGCAUAUUGUAUGAAAUUGAUUUAAAAGGAAAAGUUGGUGAUGAAAACAAAGAAAUUAAUAUAUUUGUUAAAAAUAUUGUUCAAAAUGCCAAUAUAUCUAUAUAUUCGGUACCAGGUGUAUUUGAAACAGAAGCUUGGGUUUAUAAAGACCUUAGUACAAUAUUUAAAUUACUACAAGAUGAGGAAAACAUUCCUUUCAACGAAAGAUUCAAAAUGCCCUACAGUUUUCAGGAAUGUAAUCCAAAAUCUAUUAUUCUUGAACAUUUGGGUAAAAAAGGGUUCAAAUUAUAUAAUAGAAUGGAAAUUGUACCCUUACAAUAUGCUGAAAGAUGUACGGAAGAGCUUGCCAAGUUCCAUGCUUUGUCAUUCGUGAUACAAGAAAAACGGCCAGAAUAUUUUAAAAACCAUGUACUAACUAAGAAACAGCCGUAUAAUUUUGGAGAAGAGUGGUACGCAUUUGUUGAAAAUAUAGCAACUUAUUCAAUUAACUGUUUGACGCCAGAAGUCAAAGAGAAGGUGAAGAAAAAGUUAUUGCAAAAAGCCGCCAAUUACCCUAAAUAUAUGACAGAUACUUCUACUGUUCGCACCUUAUGUCACGGAGAUUAUAAACUGAAUAAUAUUAUGGCCAAAGAAGUUAAUGGGGAAGUUGUUGAAGUUGUGACGAUUGAUUACCAGAUUCUUCACUACGGAUGUCCAGUCUUGGAUUUCAUUUAUUUUAUUUUCCAUGGAACAGACCAAGAGUUUAGAAGAGAACAUAUGAUAAAUCUCAAGAACCUGUACUUUAGAAGUAUGAAAGCAUUUCUUGAGAAAUUUGAAAUGGAUAUUGACAAGUUAUAUUCAAUCACUGAUUUUGAAAAGGAUUUUAGAGAAAAAUUAGAUUUUGGUCUCAUGGUUAAUAUAUUCUAUGCUCCAUUUCUGUUCGCUCUUGAAGAAGAAGCGCCUGAUGUGACUACAGAAGACUUGUCGAGUCUGAAAUUUAAGGUUGAUGACAAAUUCACUGAACGAUUCCGUGGUGUUGUCGAUGAUUUUAUACAGUGGGGCUAUGUUUGA